CAAAUUUACAGAACCGAAUGUCCGGGAUUAUAAAAGCAACCAUUCUCAAACGAAAUUUUUACAGACGAGUUUGACCUCCUCUUUGUGGCUUCCUUGUCACCUUUUUCUGGAGCUAGUAUGCAUACGGCCUUUUUCCGACUCUUCGUGUUGAUCUCCACUGCCACCCGGUUCUGUGGCUGUCUACCAACACACCCAGGAACUUCAAAUCGGCGGUCUGGCUGUACAGAACCGUCUACUCGCGUGGAAUGGAACACUUUAACGCAAGAAGAGAAAAAGGCCUAUUUCGCGGCCGAACUUUGUCUGCUUACUGCUCCUGCUCAAACUAACAUUCCAGACAUCGUUUCGCGCUACGAUGACCUGGUGGGCGCCCAUUCCGAGCAAAGCGAUGUAAUAGGCGGCAACGAUUACUGGCAUGUAACCGGACAAUUCUUACAUGCUCAUCGUUACUUUAUUCACGCCCACGAAACACUCUUGCGUUCUGAGUGUGGAUAUACUGGUCCACUCCCCUACUGGAAUGAAGUCGUCGACGCCGGUUCAUUCCUCACCUCCCCCGUCGUGCUUGACUUUGGUGGGGAAGGUACUUGGGACAGCGACUGGGUCGUUGUUGAUGGACCUUUCGGUAACCUGACGCGGUAUCUUGGACCUGGGUCGACUAAUACGAACCAUAUGCUUACACGGCAGGUGGAUGGGACGUGGUCGCUCCAGGCGGGACAGAUAUACGUGGACUAUGUACUUGCGCUGGACACCAUGGCGAAGUUUAAGGAUACGAUUUAUCAUGGCCUUCAUGUAGCUGGGCAUAAGGGCGUUGGAGGGGAGAUGGCCAAUGUCAUGACGUCGCCUAAUGAUCCAAUCUUUUGGAUGCACCAUGGAUACGUGGAUUACAUAUGGUGGAAGUGGCAGGGUGACAACGAAACUCGUAUCAAUGACCUCGAAGGAAUCGGAUACGAGACGCAAAAAGAACCCGAUACUGGUUAUGUUGAAACCAACGAAGACACGGUUUUAUAUCUUUUCAACAUCCUACCUAACACGACAGUUGGCGACGUGUCGGACACGCAAGGCAGCUUGCUAUGUUAUACUUACGCAUAAGUGACUCGCCCCGUACUGACGUCGAGUAUAAGGAGAUAUUCAGCCUCAUCUUUUAGUCAGAAGGCAAUACGGUUAGCAAUCUGGGGAUCAAAGAGGUUUCAAAGGAGAAGAUUGUCUGUUUCACUAGAAACCGUUACAAGAAUAUAGGUGAUAUAGGUAGA